AUUUGUUUAGUAAUCAGAGCCAAUAGAAACCUCAGACUGUGAUAACAUCCACAUGCACAUGACUGAGAGGAACAGAUCGGAGACUUCAAACACUUUGAGAGGCAGGAGAUACAAGGCACAGUUCCAACACUCACCUCUGCUCAGCGAUUCUUAUGGGCAGCAUCAGCCUUCUACAGACCCACCAGGCGCUGAGAUCUAAAGGAGUCGUUUCUUAACUCCUGCUGCUGGAAUAAUCUCAAAGGCAAGCCUGCAAAUACAAGCAGACACCCAACUGAAGGAUGUACCAGAAGCUGCUAUACUUGGUCUUGCUGGUGGGAAGCCUAUCGUCAUUGGGAGAAGCAAGAAAAAACCGUCCACAGGGUGCGAUACCAUCCCCAUUCAAAGACCAAGAAAACACGUCAGACAAACGUCCUCGCAAGCAAGUUGUCCUGGCCUCAAGCCAGGAGGCCUUGGUGGUAACAGAAAGAAAAUAUCUGAAAAGCGACUGGUGCAAAACCCAACCUCUGCGGCAAACGGUCAACGAGGAAGGCUGCUUGAGCCGCACAAUCAUCAACCGCUUCUGCUACGGACAAUGCAACUCCUUUUACAUUCCGAGGCACAUCAAAAAGGAACAGGAGUCCUUCCAGUCGUGCGCAUUCUGCAAGCCACAGAAAUUCACAACUCUCACGGUCGAGUUGGAAUGUCCCGAUUUGCAGCCCCCAUUCCGACAUCGGAAGAUCCAAAGAGUGAAGCAAUGUAGGUGCAUAUCGGUCAAUGUGAGCGAGUCUGGAAAACAGUGAAAGGUGCGGGGGGCGGGGGCUGGGUUGUCGAGCCCUGAGACAGCCACAGAAAUGCUGCUUGCUUGUCGUUCAUUUUCUUUGUGCAGAAGGAAUUACGAAAACAGUCGAGAAUGGUCACGUGAUCCUUCGUUUUUAUUCUUCAUUACCAAGAGUCCAAGUUUUUCCUUUUCUUCUACUUAAUGACAACAUUCCCUAACAUAUAGUAGCAGUAAAAAAAAACAAAAAUCUGAAUUAUUAGAAACAGUGAUGCUUAAGGAUGAGGAGGAAUCUCACUGUAUCUAAGGUUUCAGCCACAUGCAAUGUCUAAAUCUGUUAUGGAUAUUUUUUUUAUCCUGUUUUACUUAUAAAGUGCUCUCUGCAAUAUACUGGUCUGUAUGAAUGUAGACAAAAAAACUUCAGUAUAUAAAUAUAUAUAUUUCAUUAUUAUUCAUCUUACAAAUGCAUCUACCUUUGUGGACGACUACUUCAGCCGCGUGGCUAUUCUUGUGGUCUCCAGAUGUGACAGGCUGGCGGCCGUACAGUACAUACAUAUAUAUGGGGGUGGGGGGGAGCGGAUUAAGGAGAAAGAAAGAGACACUUUUUUCCUUUUCUUUUUUUUUUUUAAAAACUUCAAGCUUGUUUUGAAGACUGCUGCCUGAGAGGUGAUACGAAUAUAUGGUGCCAUAACAGUUUGGAGACUUCUUAAUGAGUCUGAUCUAGAUAAGAGAACAUGAGCCGCCUGAACUGUUACAGGCAGCCUGGAGCUAAGCGGAGCAAAGCCGAGUGUCUGGGGAGCCUCGCACAUCAAUCUGUUUCAAGGACUGAGUUACAGUAGUCUGCAAAGAAUAAAGAGUCGGACAUUGUGCUAUACUAAAAGUAGUCUAUCAAAAAUGAUAUAUAUGUUCACACUACAUAUAUAUAAUAUAUAUAUAUAACAGGGGCUAUUUUUGGUUUGUACAGCUAUGGAUUAUGUGCCUUGUUUUAACAGCAGAAAUGUAUUUCAUGAAGUCACAAAAUGGUUUUGAACCUUUCCAAAAUAUUCUUAGUAUGCACUGCCGGUGAUCAGCCGGGUCCAAUAUAAACCUGCAGUGCAUACUGGCAUUUUGAAAAUGUUCUCAUUCCGUUUGCUUCUUAACAGGCCUAAUAUUGGAAGCAGUAUAUUUUUUCUGAACUUUACCAUACUUGCAGUAUAAGGCUAAAGAUAAAAAAAAUAAUAAAGUUGCAAGUAUGAGGCUUUAAACAAGAGAUGACAAAAGCUACAAAGCAAAUAUUUUCAAUCAUUCUAAGCAAUAAUGUAAACCUUGCAGAAUAAAGCUAAAUUAGCCAGAGGCCUAUUGCUGGAAAAAUAUGGAAGAAAUCUAUUUUUUUUAAUUUUUUGCCCAUGUUGUAUGUUUUUUGCUACUUAUUGUAUUCAGUGUUAUUUGGCUAUUCAUUGAUGCUAGAGCUGAUAUAAUUAAAAUAUAUAUAUUAAGGUUUA